AAGUGGAAGCUGAUCUGUUAAUUGUGUAGGUUCUUUCAUUUUGGCGACUUUUUAUAUCCGCAUUGUAACUUUUCUGAGGGACCUUAGUCUAGAAUUUUACGCAGACGAACUGAUGAUACCGAAUUAGACUCUUCCUCGAAACUCGUUCAAGCACAUAAGCCGUCUCCUGCUGAAACAAUGGACGAAAGUUACGAUAGCGGGAGUGAGGCAGGCAGCACUCCAGUCCAAGAUGAGCACAGUGACGAGGAGACGGGAGACUUCAUCCCAGCCGGUGAAGAAGACAACGAGGAGAGAGCAGCCAGUGUGGGCGAAAGAGCUGCCGAAGAUCUAGAGGAAGGGGAAUACAUAUCCGACGGCGAAGCUGGUCAGGGAGAUGAGGAAAACGCCAGCUCGGAAGGGGAGGUGGAAAGCGAAGGAGAGGAAGACAGGGAGCCGAGGGACAGCGAGCAAGAGGCGGAGCCCGAGGAGGAUGAAGGGGAGGCAGAGGGCUAUCGCGAGGAGGACGAAGAGAGGGAGAGCGAAGAGGAGGACAGAAUUGCCGAGGAGGAUCAGGAGGAGAGAUUAGAGGAGGAGGAGGAGGAUGGGGAACAGGCCGAGGAGGGUGAAGUCGAGAAUGAGUAUCAGGAGGUUUCGGAGAAUGAGUACGAGGAGGAGGAGCAAGUGGAGGCGAGGCGCAGUGAUGACGAUGAGGCAUACAGGCGUGGCUCAGACGAGGAAGAUGAGAGGGAUGCGGAGAGUGACGCCGAGGCAGAACCCCAGGAAGUGGCGGAGGGGGAAGAUGUGGAGGAAGGGGAGUAUGAACCAGCUGAGGACUACCCAGAGGAGGGACGGGAGGUGUACGGCUCGGAGGAUGAACCGGAAGCUGACGAGGAGAGGCCACAAGCGGAAUCUGACGAGGAGUACAAUGAAAAUGCCGAAUUAGCACCGGUGGAGGGAGAGUACGACAGCGAGGCCGAACCGCAGGAGUAUGAGGAGGACAGGGGAAGCGAAGGACCGCCAAGCGAGCAGUAUGAGGCGCAGGAGUAUGAGUACAGGGAGACGGAGCAUGGAGAGGACAUGGGCGAAUCGGAGACAGAAGCCCCUCCAGAGGAGGAAGGCUACGGGGAGCUUGGAGCAGAGGAUGACGUCGCGGAAACAGGGAUGAGGUACCUGGAAGAUGAAGAGCAGGAUUAUCAUCAUGCCCGACAAGAAACCUAUGAACCCGACCCAGAUAUGAUGGGGCCAGAAAGUCCAGACCCAGAGAGACAAGCAGCCUCGGAUGCCGAUGAGCCAUACGAUAUCGAGGCAGAACCAUACAUCCAUAGCGAGGACGAAGGGCAGCAACGGGAGGAAGUUGAUGGGACAGAAGCGGCCUAUGUGGACGACGAAGAAGUGGUAGAUGGGAUGGCAGAAGGGGCCGAAGAUGAAACAGAAGGGGUUGGGGAGAUGGUGGAAGGAGCCGAAGAUGAAACAGAAGGGGUUGGGGAGAUGGCGGAAGGGGGUGAAGAUGAAACAGAAGGGGUUGGGGAGAUGGCGGAAGGGGGUGAAGAUGAAACGGAAGGGGUUGGGGAGAUGGCAGAGGGGGACGGAGAGGUGUAUGAAGGGGCCGAGGAGGUGUAUGAAGGGGCCGGGGAAGCAUUGGAAGGGGGUGAGGAUGUGUUGGAAGGGGAGGAGGGGGUGGCAGAAAGGGGUGAGGAAGAGGACUACGUCGGGGCGGGGGAGGUGGAGCAGCCCCAGAGUCCAGCCGCACCCCCCGUCGAAACCCUGGACAGUGGAGAGGAGAGCAACGAAGAAGAAGCGGGAGUUGGAGAGCUCAUCGCCGACAUUUUUGGUUCGAGCGACGAAGAAGAUGACGAAGAAUUCGAGGGAUUUGAAAAAGAAGAGAUUGAGCAGCCAGUGAAAAAGAAGCGGACAGCCGUUGUCUCUAGUGAUGAGGAAGAUGACGAAGACAACGAUGCUGACAUGGGCCUGGAAGAUGCCCUCGACCAGGAGGGGGCGGCCGAAGAGAUGGAGGGAGAGGAGCUAGCAGAGGGGGAGCAGGCGGAGCCUGGGCAGGGGCAACAGGGUGCGAUGGCGGAGGACUCCGACUCGGACGAAGGGGUCGAUGACGACAGGAAGUCCAAAGGGGACGUCGUGUACCAGUUUGACCUGAUGAUGGAGCGGAAGAAAGCGGAGAACCAGAUGAGGCGGAAGCGGCGCCGGGGCGGCGACAUCAUUAACGACAACGAUGACAUCAUCGUGGCCAUGAUCAAACAGAUGGAGGAGGCAGCUAAAGAGGAUCGCAUGUUGAACCAGAUGAGGAAAGCAGCCACCAAGAAAUUAACGAUGUUGCCAUCCGUAAUGUCCCAACUAAGAAAGCAAGACCUGCAGAUAGCAUUCCUGGACUGCGGCAUCCUGCGGGUCAUGAAGGAGUGGCUCAUGCCCCUGCCGGACCACAGUCUGCCCAACCUGCACGUCAGGGAGAGCCUUCUCAAAGUACUCAGGGAGUUUCCGCCGAUCGACCAGCACAUGUUGAAAACCAGCGGCAUUGGCAAAGCUGUUAUGUGCCUGUACAAACAUCCCAAAGAACUCCGGCACUGUCGGGAUUUAGCUGGCAGGCUGAUCAAUGAUUGGUCCAGACCGAUCUUUGGGGUGGAGGCCAAUUUUCACUCCAUGUCCAAGGAGGAGCGGCAAGCGAGAGAUUUGGCGCAGCUCUCGGCAGUGAAGAAGAGACGGUUAAGUUCCACGGACGGCUCCACGGCCAAACCCAAGAGCAUCGAGACGGCACUAACAGGAGAAGAAAGGGCCUUGAGACCUGGUGACAAGGGCUGGGUAGGCAGGGCCCGCGUGCCCCUUCCAUCCACCAAGGACUAUGUGGUCCGGCCCAAAUGGAACGUGGAGAAAGAAUUCUCAAAGAGCAGCAAGAAAGAACCGACUAAACUCGACAAACACUUGAAGCGAUUCAAGGAUGCCAAGGCGCGGAGCCGGAACAAGAAUCCCCGCGCCAUCUCCAUCAGCAUCGAGGGCCGCAAAGUAGCCCUAUAGUGAGGGACAGAGACAGAGAGACGAUAGGGACGUACGGUAUUUUUUACUGGCUAUUUGCUCCACCGAGCCCUCUAAUGGCCAACAAAGGUGACAUUCACCACAAAGGUGCCUGCACUUCCGUGCCACUUUUCCGCAAACAGAAGGGGAUGAUAUCAUUUUUGUGUCCAUUCAGAUGAAAAUUUGGGCAUGGUGAGCAGAUGUGAUGCCAGUGUCAUGAUUUCAGUGCCCAGAGGCCUAAGCAGGAGUACGUUUGGGGGCAGACUGUACGUUGACCACCGGUCAUCUACUUUUUAUCAAUGCCCACUUGCAGUGCAGUCACACUCGAAUGAGCCCAGAUGUAUUAGUUUGUAAAAUUCUCGUCACCCACACUUUGCCGUUGGCUACAACUCUCGCACUGUUUAUAGUCAAUGAUAUAACUGUUGAAUGUGAAUGGUUCCCUCUGUACUUAUAAAUUAGAUCAGUUAUUUAUGACCAUAUGAGGGGCAACCGUUCCCCAGUGCCUGAUUCCAAAUGGUCGACUAAAUGGCCUAAACCAUCCAUUGUCAAGGUGGCAGUGGUCGAACUAGAGUUAACUGUAGUCGUUGCUUGAACUUCAGUUUACCUUAGCCUUUUUAUGAGAUGGAAACAGCGCCCUCAAGGGCCCACAACCUGUACUCUUUUAAUAUUCCUGAAAGAACACUUCUUGGGGGCUGGGGACCUCCUCAAAGCCAUACAUUAAAGCAGAUUUUACUGCUGAGGAAAUUGACAUGCUUAGCAAAAAUUGGCUGGGCACCAGCUAAACAAAGUAUGCAAUGCAUGGUACUUUGGCCGAACCCCUGCUUUUCUUAAGCAAACUUUUUCUCGGCUUAGCAGAUGUCUGUAUUUUUAAUAGCAGGUCUGUGAAAUUGGCACCAGAUCUCGGCUGUAAAAAUUACCACUAUUUUAACUUUUGGUAUGCUUGAAAAAUCCUAUUACGCUAAAUUGUUGCCGUCAACUUCUGCUCUUGUAUGCUGAAGAGCCUGAGAAGGCAUUUGGCAGAAUCCAAGUCCAGUGUACAUAUCUAAUCACUCGUGUCGCAACCAGGACAUUUUUGUCUCACCUACGACCAGGGCGAGAUUGGAGAAAAAUGAAAUAUGCAAAGAAUAAUCACAAGAUGUUUUGACGGCCCCGCAGUAGCGUAGGGUCCACGGUAAACAGUGGAACAUCGCUACAAGAAGGUCCUUGGGACUUCACAGAUUACCUUGUUAUAACUGGUACCUUGUAUUAUCAACGAUGGGAAACAAAGACUUACGACCUAAACAUUUCCUGUAAACAUGACUUUGUAUAUCAGUGCUCUUCUUAUAUGUGUUUGACUGUACAUUUGUGUUUGCCUGAGGACACCUCUUACAACACCCAUUUUCUUCUCUCUACAUCGACUUCUACAUGUAUAUGUUAAAAAAUACCUUCAUUGUAAACUCGGAAUUUUUCGGAUUGUAAAGGAGAUUGUUUGAAAAAUCCUGAUAUCAGGAGAAAUCCUGACAAAUUUCACCCCUGCUAUGAACUGUUUCUAAAAUGAUGAGGGGUAUUUAAUGAUACAAAUUCCUACACCAAUCUGUAAUCAUUUGACAGCAGAAACCGUAGCCUGUAAUCGAUUUGUUCAGUUUUUUCACAAAUUUUGUAUGUAAUGAAAAGGAAGGGUUUCCCACCUUCGAGCUUGUUGAACGUGCAAUGCCACUGACUGCUGUUUUUGGCAUGUGUACAUUUUAUUUUGGAAAGGGAAAACAUCUGCCAGUAACUGCAACAAUUAUUACACUCUGCAUUUCCUCAGAGUCGUGUGAUCUUAUGUUAAAGUACAACUUUUCGUUGGAAAAUCAUGUGUACCUGUACAUGGGUUGCGACGAAUUGGGUUGCAUGAUCACUGCACAUCAGGGCGGGAGCCUAUUGGCUCUGUGCAUCACCAAAGAGGGAGCUGUUUCACCUAGCAACCAGAGCCGUAAAUAUAGAGAGUUAUGACAUGAGUGUUACCAUUGUUGGAAAUAAUGCGUGGGUGCACUUGGACGGUCGGUAUACAGCAGCUCUACCGUAGGUGCAGUGAACAGCCAUUCUGUUUUCAAAAUCUGAAGCUGGUGCUAUUCUCUACAUAUACAGCUCUGCCAGCAACAAUAUCUGGGUGUCAGACCUGCCACAGAGUACGACCUUGUUAUUUUUCGACAAGCAGUACAUGUAUCUACGGCUGGCAGCAUGGUGUCAAUUGCAUACUUUAUACAAAUGGGCCAACCAUGGAUUGAUUUUGCCUUGUGGCCAUGCUUAAACAAAUGUCCUGGGUACCGGGGCAAAUCAACGAUGGUUGACGUAUUGUUGCUGAUCAAACUUAAAGCCACGACGAGGUGGUUUUGUCAACAUCAGUCGGUGCAGCAUUUCUGCAAGCAUCGUGGUCUCUUUGGGUAUACUGUAAUCUUGUAUAUGGAUGUAA